AUGCUGGCGGCGAUGCUGCGCCAGAGUUCUGGUGGAGGAUCGGGUGGCGGUGGUGUCAGUGCAACUAAACCCUCUCUGGGCUCUCGGCUCUCCAGCUCCAGCUUGGGUUCGGGAGGAUCUGCCAGGGUCAGCAAGAGCGGUUCCGUCAGCCCGGACAGCACCGACGCCCCCACAGCCGACCCACACUACAUCAUGCAGCUGGUCAGCGACGUGCGCAGGUUUGCCGAUGUGCUCCUGCAGCUCAAAGAGGUGUUCAACUCUAAAGAGCACCAGGACUGCCUCCAUCAGGCGGUUCACGAGCGACUCGGUGAGCUGCUGCGAGUCCUGAAGGCCAUCAUCAAGAAACACCAGAGCCUGAACUCCGUGGACAUCCUCAGCACGGCCGGAACCGUCAUCUCCACGGUCAAAGGAGUGAACUUCAACGAGGUGAAUGAAGAGAACAAACAGAAGCUUUUGGGUGAAAUCUACACGGCUAUCGACACUUUGGCGUUCACCUUUGGCAAUGUAGUGUCUGACUUCCUUAUGGGAGAUGUAGAGAACGGAUCAGUGUUGGGGCUCCCCCUAACUAAGAGAAGCAAGUCUUUUGAGAACCUCUCUGUGGAAUCCGGAGGAUCCGGUCCUGAGAAAGAUGAUCCUCCAGGGCCGUCUCCACCGAUCCGGGCUGAAGAUGUAGACAGGACGCUGCAGCGGCAGGACAGCGGCGUGGAGUCGGUGCUGCUCUACGCCAAGGCGUGGUCCAAGUACACCAAGGAGCUGCUGGCGUGGGUGGAGAAGCGGCUCAGUGUGGAUAUCGAGUGUGCAAAGAGUUACGCCAAGAUGGCCGACACUGCCAAGGUGCUGGCAAACCAGCAGGAGUUCAUGCCGUUCCGUGAGAUUUAUACGACGGCGUUCAAGCACGACGUGGAGUACAGUCAGCUGGUGCUUCAGACCGCAGUGAUCCUGCAGAGCAACAAGUUUGUGCAGCCUCUCCUAGCCAGAAAGAACGAGCUGGACAAACUCCGCAAAGAGGUCAAGGAGCAGUGGCAGAGAGAGCAGAAGAAAAUGCAAGAGGCCGACAGCGCUCUGAGGAAGGCCCGGCUGCUGCAGGCCCAGCGGCAAGAGGAGUACGAGAAGGCCAAGGUGACCACCAGCCGUCUGGAGGAGGAGCAGAGCGCGGGAGGAGCGGGGCCGGCGGUGGCCAAGCAGCUGGAGAAGAGGCGCAGGCUGGAGGAGGAGGCCCUGCAGAAGGCGGAGGAGGCUAGGGAGCACUGCAAGGCCUGUCAGGUGGACGUUGGCGUGAAGAAGGUGGACCUGGCCAACACCAAGAGCGAGAUAAUCACUCAGAUCAGAGAGAUGGUCUCCCAGUGCGACCUCACACUCAAAGCUGUGACCGUCAACUGGUUCCAGCUCCAGCAGGCCCAGGUCGUAUCUCUACCCGUCAACCACCAGAGCCUGUGUGAGAGCGCCAAGCUGUACGAGCCGGGCCAGAGGUACAUCGAGUUCGUCAGGAGUCUCCCGACAGACGGCCCUCGCCUGGAGCUUCACUCCGAUUCGCCCGCGACGCAGAACUCAUGGCGACCUUUAACCAAGCGCUCCCUGAGUGGCAGCCACUCGUCCCACAGCAACCUGUCACAGGCGUCCGUGACCUCUGACCUCCUGGGUGGAGAGGACGUGGACGGUCAGAGCAACGGGCAGCACGCCAAGAUCGCAGAGCGGCGCUCCAACGGCAGCUCCGACGUCCAAGCACUUCGGAUUCAGGUCCCGUUCCGCUCCUGGGCCUCGGCCAAUCAGAGCGGAGGGAUGUGCAGCGACUCGGAAAGUGCCGGAGGGAGCAGCGAGUCGCGCUCUAUGGACUCACCUACUGCAAGUCCAGGUGACUUCAAGAGGAGAUUACCCAGAACCCCCUCCACGGGCACCAUGUCGUCUGCUGAUGACCUGGAUGACAGAGAGCCCCUCUCUCCCUUGGAUAACGGUUUGAGCGAUCUUGUAAUGGAACCCGCCAGCUCCCCGGGACCUUUCAGGAACGCCCAGAUGUCCAAGGCGGCGCAAACCCACAAGCUGAGGAAGCUCCGAGCUCCGUCCAAGUGCAGAGAGUGCGACAGCCUGGUGGUGUUUCACGGAGCAGAGUGCGAGGAGUGUUCGCUGGCCUGCCAUAAGAAGUGUCUGGAAACCCUCGCCAUCCAGUGCGGCCACAAGAAGCUCCAGGGGAAGCUCCACCUGUUCGGCAUCGACUUCACGCAGGCGGCUAAAAACAGCCCCGACAGCGUCCCCUUCAUCGUACGCAAAUGCACAUCUGAAAUCGAGAACCGAGCGCUGGGCAUGAAGGGCAUCUACCGGGUGAACGGGGCCAAGUCUCGGGUGGAGAAGUUGUGCCAGGCGUUUGAGAACGGCAAGCACCUGGUGGAGCUCUCUGACCUUUACCCUCACGACAUCAGCAACGUCCUGAAGCUCUACCUGAGACAGCUUCCAGAGCCUCUCAUCCUCUUCCGUCACUACAACGACGUCAUCGGUUUGGCAAAGGAAAGUCAGAGCAUCAUCGUGGAGGAACUAGAGGCGCUGCGCCUCAGUCCCAGCGCCGUGAAAACGGACCAGGUCAGCGUGGAGCUCAACCGGGUCCUCUUCAAAAUCAAAGAUCUGCUGCGGCAGCUGCCUCCGGCCAAUUAUAAAACGCUGCAGUUCCUCAUAGAGCAUCUGCGCAGGGUGACGGAGCGUUCUGAGGAAAACAAGAUGACAGCCAGCAACCUGGGCAUCAUCUUCGGUCCAACUCUGAUCAAACCGAGGCAGGCGGACGCCGACGUUUCCCUUUCCUCCCUGGUGGAUUACCCCUACCAGGCGCUCACUGUGGAGCUUCUGAUCCGACACUACCAAAUGCUCUUUGACACCCCCCUCGGUCCUCUGAGCGGGACCUCGCCUUCAGACGUGGACACCCAUCCCCGCCUCACCCGGCAGGAGAAGGAGCAGCAGCUGAGCAGGCACUCCAAGUCUCUGGGGGACAUCAAGGAGCAGAGCUCUAAGGUGUUUAAGAGACAUUCCUCCAUAAUUCCUUCUUCACACCUGCUGGAUGAGGUUCAGGAGACCCUGCCGAGCGUCGAUGACUUUGAACCAGCUGAAGAAAUGGACUCUGAGACGUUAAAUGGGGUCAACGCGUCAAGUGGCGCUGAGGUCCCAAAGCCCGGCGAGAAAGGCUCGUGCCACUCCCAGCACGUCACGGUUACCAGGGUCCAGCUUCGACACCCACGCAGCAGAUUCUACUCCCGGCCCAUGAGCAUGCCGGCCGAGCGGGUCUUCAAACGGAGACAAGCAGACGAGAACAACAGCUCCGGCCAGGAUGAGGGCAACGACGGCGGCUGUGACCAGUCCAUCGACGAAGUGGACGAGGCGGAGACCGCGUGCGUCGGUACAAAUUACCGCAGUACGUUUAUCGACACGCAGACGCUACGAAGAACGUGGGACAAGCAGUACAAGUUUGAUGCCAAAGCUCCCAGACUGGGGUCUAGUUCUCCCUCAGAGGGCUCAGCGAUGGACUCCGGCAGCUUAUCGGCUUCGAUGCCGUCUGUUUUGUCCCUCGGAACAACGGGCAGCGCGAUCAGCACCAUCUACCCCAACAGACCGUACACGGUUGCGGUGCGGCCCAGCAGAACUUUAAAAAGGGACGACGGGGCGUCCAAGAACAACACGGUGGCAACAGUUUUCAGAGCUCCGAGGACUCUUCUGCCUCCUCCAGGAACUUUCUACAAGCCCCCGACGGGGAGCAAAGCUAAACCGCUACAGGACUGCUCGUUCGCUAACAGCGCCGAGGAGGAUGAGGAGGAGGACGAAGACGAGCUGGGGAUUGAGAUAGAGGUGUCAGUGGACGAACCCCUUGAGGAGGACAGUACUGUUGAGCAGGUAGACAUGUCUUCAAGCUCUAGCCCUGAGGAACUGGGUCAAAACCAGGCCAAACCAGUGUACCAGAGACUACGGGCCCGGCGCCUUCAGGAGGUGGAACGCAGAGAAGCUCAUUUCGUUUGAUCUGAGCCGAACUCUAGAGCAGAAGCAUCUUCGGGCGAUGUCCUAUUGGAGGUUUACCGGACGUGUUCUUUGGUCGUCGAAAGACAAACACGAUGCACUUAAAUACCGC